AUGACUGUCAAGACUAGUUCGUUCGAAAGCUCCAUCUCUCUGACCCAUAUCACGACAGCCACCGUACUGCUCGAGAUCGACGGUGUCACCCUCCUGACCGAUCCUGUCUUCGGCCCUGCUGGCGUUGGGCACGACAUCACCCACCUUUUUCCCGGUGCCAAAGGCCCUAUAGUGGCCUGUAGCGAUGAGGAUCCAGCCUUGAGCUUGAACCAGCUGCCUCCGAUUGACGCCGUGCUCCUCAGCCAUGAGGACCACUGCGACAACCUCGACCCAGUGGGCCGUCAGCUUCUCGACGGCCGCCACGUUGUCACCACGAUGGACGGCGCCAAGAACCUCGCCCCUCGCCCGGGCGUCCACGGCAUCAAGCCUUGGGAACUUCAGACCCACAACAUCCGCGGUGUGACGUACGAGAUCACCGGCACCCCAUGCGUCCAUCUCCCCGGCGGCGAGUGCACCGGUUUCAUUCUCCAUACCGCAGCGUUCGGCCACGCCGCGGACGGCCGGCCAAAUGCCCUCUGGGUGACGGGGGAUACCAUCUACCUGGAGGAACUGCAGCACAUGAAGCACAAAUACCAUAUCAAGCUGGCCGUCAUGAACCUGGGCGCUGCCCGGGUGAUGUACCCCGGCCAUGCCGAGCCGCUGCAAAUUACAAUGGGCGGAAGUGAUGCCGCGCGCUUGGUCCGCGAGCUCGGCAUUGAGCGCAUCGUCCCCGUCCACUACGAGUCGUGGCAUCACUUCACUGAGUUUGGAAAGGACCUUCGGAGCACAUUCGAAGAAGAGGGAAUUCUCGACAAGGUGGCCUGGGUUGUACCGGGAGUCAAGAGCAAGAUUUUGUGA